CAUUUGGACAGCUGCAUUCGAACCUGCUUUCCUUUUAGCACAAAAACUGGAUCCCGCUGGCAAAAGAGUUCCGCUAGGCUUGGCAUCUGAACUCGAGUUCUGAAGUGAGUUCUUUGAAGGAAGGCAAAAAAAAAAAAAAAAGGAUGGGGAACGCAAUGGGAAAUACUAUGAAAAUGACAAGAGCCACACCGGUGACCCACACGCCCUGGCAAUCAGGUCAGCGAAGUGAUUUUCUUGCUGUCCUCUACGACUAUCCCACCCCAGAUAUCAGCCCACCAAUAUUUCAAGUUGGGGAGAAACUACGUGUGGUCUCAGACGAAGGAGGAUGGUGGAGAGCCCGUUCCCUCACUACCGGUCAAGAAAAUUAUAUCCCAGAAGAAUGUGUAGCAAAAGUUUACCACGGUUGGUUGUUUGAAGGUCUGGGAAGGGAAAAGGCAGAAGAGCUGUUGCAGCUUCCUAACACCAAGACUGGUUCUUUCAUGAUUAGAAAGAGUGAAACAACAAAAGGUUCAUAUUCCUUGUCAGUUCGGCAUGUGCAGGUGAAACAUUAUAGGAUCUUCCGCCUGCCAAACAACUGGUAUUAUAUCUCUCCUCGGCAAACGUUUCAGUGCCUUGAAGAUCUCGUCAAUCACUACUCAGAGGUCGCCGACGGUCUGUGCUGCAUGCUCACAACACCCUGCCUUGCUCAACACGUUAGCAACAAUGAAGUCAGGAGCCAAGAUCCACCAGUAGUGAUGCGCAACAAAAACUUCACAUGGAAGGAGAAGCAGAGAUCAAAGGAGAGUAACGAUGAAAUGGCUGCCGUGCUCGGAAUGGAAGACUCUGGCCUCAGCUACGGACUCCGGGACAGUAUCGCCUCCUACCUUGCUUUGACCAGCGAAACAGACUCUUCCUACGUGAGCCACAGAAAAAAGAAAAGCAAGUCUGUCAUAUACAACAAGCACAUACCACAGAUACCUUUCCUUUACCAUGAGCACUGAACCUGCGAAAACAGCACUGGGGCAAGAAUGCUCCACGAUAAACUGUUAGCACCUUUGCAAAUGCCAUGCCCACCAUUGUCAAGUCCAGCGGGAGACACGUGCCCUGUGGAAGACAGCCAGGAGGAGUCUAGGUUGAGAGAGAAAACUAGUAGCCGGCCACUGAUAAAGCAAUGCCAUUCAAGACUGCCUUGGUUCACCAGGAGAGAAGAAGCAUGCAUCUCCCCAACUAUUCGAACAGCUUCUUGGGACUUCCAAGCAACUUGAAGAAGGGUGUUCCGUAUGUUGAACUCUCUAUCAUCACAGUAAAGAGUCCAGUAGCACCUUGAAGACUAACCAACUUUAUUGUAGCAUAAGCUACAAUGCAAGCAUCUGACAAAGAGAGCUGUGGUUCUCGAAACCUUAUGCUACAAUAAAGUUGGUUAGUCUUCAAGGUGCUACUGGACUCUACUAUUUUGCAACUACAGACGAACACAGCUAACUCCUCUGGAUCUAUUUAUCACAGGAAUACAUUUCUUUUUUUUUAAAAAAAGCAUUCACAUCAUUCUUUCCCAAACAGCAAAGCCUUGCCUUCUAAAGUCGAAAGGCCCCCCUCCCAACCUUUCACUUCAUUUCCUGCUUGUUUUAUCCCCCCCCCUCAAGUUGUGACACUGUAUAAGGACUUUUAUUGUACAAGGGCUUGCUCAUUCUUAAUAAUCUGGUGCACUUCAUACACACAGAUGGGCCAUCAAGUUGCAGCUGACUUACAGCGACCCCCAGCAAGGGCAUUCAAGGCAAGUGAGAAGCAAAUGUGGUUUGCCGUUGCCUUAUUCUGCCGAGCCUUCCUUGGUGGUCCCUCAUCUAAGUACUGACCCUGCUUAGCUUCCAGGAUCUGACAUGCUCAGGCUAUACCAUGCUGCCUUGCCUCCCCCCAGAAAUACUGGAUGGUUAUUAUUAAACCCAUCCCUGCCUUGAGAUAAGGUAGCUGUGUUUAUGCAAUACAACCUAAAAAAUCUUUGAUCUCCUUUCUGGGGUGAGAAGCAACACUAUAAUCCAUACUGGUUCAGAACAGCCCUGGGAAAAUUACAGCAGGACACCAGCAUGGUGCAUUCUAGCUCACUUGACUGAUGCCUGGAACUGGAGAAUCAAUAGAUCUGGCACACACACACACCCCACCCUGUGAGAGAUCAGCCACAAUCCACUCUUCCUCUGUUCCCCUGCCAUCGAUAGCACGGAACCGAGAUGGCACCCUCCGGCAAGAAUAAACUAAACCAAAUCAAAGAACCUGUCGAGUAAAUAAACCUCCUAAUGAGCUAGACUACACCUUCGGCAAAAUUGCAUCGAAGCGUCCUUCCUGCAAGUGGGAGAAUUGCAUUUUUUAAAAUGCCCCCCGACGUAAAAUAUUCCACGUACACAGAAAAUUAUUUAGGGAAAGGUUCUAGCCCAUGUCUCUCUCCCCAGUACGCUGAUGAACAUGGAGUGUGUUUAUUUAAAUGGUCAGAUGGAAAGGCUUUUCCAUGUGAUUUUGCUAUGUCAGCUCUAGAACCCGCUAUUAACUCUUCUGGAUCUAGAACCCGCUGGUUUCUACUUGAUACCAAAAGUCACAGCCAGAAUGUUUUUCUUUGGUACGUGAAUGAGCAGAGCCCAUCAACCCUACAGAGGACUCAGAUAUGUAUAUAAACCUAUUUAUAUGGAGAGGCUAUUGUAAAAUGUAAAUUAUAUUAUAGUGUAUAAGUGUAUUUGGAGAAAUUGUUUGCUGAAAAGAGUGUAAAAAAAUAAGGAAUA